CGUGCAAGGCACACAAACGAUAACAGGGAUACCUUUAACAGUAACUUAUGCUCUGUUACCACAUUAAUAUCAGCCAGGGAUCGAUAACGUCAGUAAUAAAUAUCUACAAAGGCAGUACAGCUAAGCACUAGACAGACGUCCUUGUUUCCUGACAUUUUAGCCGGCUGCUAGCUCGCUCCGUGCAGCAGUGGGAUCAUGUUUACCUCCCAAACAUCGUCCUUCCAGGAUUCAAUUGACGUGGAGGAGAGAGAUGAUUAUGAAAGCGAAGAAAUUGCUGGAUACAGCCAGAAAAUUCAGCUCAACUGCUACUACACCAUUUAUCUUUAUCAAGGCACAAGAUCUGAGGCUUCUGGGGAAAAUGUGGCAUGGAACCAGAGACGAGCAGACUCCACAACCAGUCAGGAUGACUUUAGCCUGACGCUAAUCGACAGCAGCCUGCCAUCGGAGGCAGAACCUGAGCUGCGGACCUACAUUUCAAGGAGGCUGAGCAAAGGAGCCCUGCUUGGAGGCAUGGGCAACAUCGCCACUGUGGAGCUCAGUAUCCCGGAGCAGGCAGUCGGCUGCUACUGCUGUCUCCUGGAGCAGGAGCGGUCUCCUGAACAGCCUGAUGCUGAUGGAAACGGAUACGUCAUCUGCUUUAUGGGCGGCUCUGAAAAAGGACUGAAUUUAUUUAGAUUAGAGCUUGAUAAAUAUGUCCAGGGCCUUCACAGCAGCCUGCAGACCCCAGAGCUGCAGAACCUUGAGACGGAGGUGCGUCCCUAUCUGAGCCGGUGGUAUGAGGAGUCUGUGAUGCACAUUUAUCGGGUGGUGCAGCUGGUUCAGAGCAACAUCAGCUUCUUGCUGCAUGCUGCUUUGAGUCACACACAUGUGGAGGUCACCAACUCAGACGAGAAGACAAAGGCUGAUGUGUCCAGGUUCAUCAAAGCAGCCAGUUUGCAGGGCCUGUCCCAACAAGACACUACGACAGCGUCUCUGUGUAAGGCCAUCUCAGAGGACACACUCUCCGACCUGAUCAUAGACUGCUCCACCAGCCCACCCAAACUCUCAAACACUGUCAGUAAUCGUUUCUGUGAUGACUGGAUUCAGGCAUUUCUAAACGCUGCAGAGCGUUGUAAUCCUUUCCUGCUCAGACAGAUUUUGGAGAACUUCAAACUUAAGGCCAUCCAGGACAUGAACAGCCUGAAGCGUUUUGUGCGGCAGGCAGAGAUGAGUCACUACGCUCUGUUUCGCUGCUGCCAGUUCCUACAGGGUUGCGGGAAUGGGGAUGUGUUGCUGCAGAACGCCCGGGCGGAGCACAGCGACCUGCCUGAAGCCUGCAGCAUCAUCACAGUGCUGGAGGAGUUCCUCAGGGAACAAUCCCAGGCCCAGGCUUGAUUUCACAACAGCACAGAUAGCCUGUACUCUAAACUUAGCUCUACAUCUUUGGUCAAACAUCAGUUUGUCAGAUAAUUUUAGCUGUGGGGACAUUUUGAAUCUUCCAGCCGUACUGGCAGAUUCAGAAUUAGAUAUAAGUUAUAAAA